UGAAGUUACUCAGGAGAUGUUUACCUGACCUGGAACCAAACACACACUUUGCACACACUUUACAAACACAUAUACACGUUACCAUACCCAGAGGAGCAACAUGUAUGUUUGGGGGACAGUAUCUGUGGCUGUGAUAUUACUGAUCAGCGCUAAAGAUGUCUCAUCACAGUUAGAUGAAUGUGGGGAGGUGCCUCUUAGUCCGCGUAUAGUGGGCGGGGAGGAUGCGCCUGUGGGGGCGUGGCCGUGGCAGGCCAGCCUACAACGCUAUGACCAGCACUUCUGUGGUGGCUCUCUCAUCCAUAAGAACUGGGUCCUCACCGCUGCACACUGCUUCCCCAGGUUAUACAGAGACUCCCUGCCCAGCACGGUGCUCUCAUUUCCGGGCAAGGUGGCGGUGGACCAGGCCGGCAAGAGGCUGGCCAUCUCGGACACGGGGCACCAUCGCGUCCUGGUGGUGUCCAGCACAGGACAGGUGCUCUGCCAGGUGGGAGGUCCCGGGAGUGGGUGGAAAGAUGGAGACCUGUCGGAGGCCCUGUUCAACUCUCCCCAGGGGGUGGCCAUCAAAGGGGACACGGUGUACGUGGCCGACACGGAGAACCACCGCAUCAGGAAGAUUGACCUAUCGGAGGGCAAGGUGAGCACUCUGGCUGGCGUGGGGACGCAGGGGACGGACAAGGAGGGAGGAGCCAUGGGACCAGAACAGCCAAUCAGCUCGCCCUGGGAUGUUGCUCUGGGAACAGCAGGUGGUGUGGAGGACGGUGUGCUGUGGAUCGCCAUGGCAGGGACCCACCAGAUCUGGGCUCUGUUCCUGGAGGACGGCAAGCUGCCCAAAGGAAGCGACUCCAAGAAGGGCACCUGCGUGCGUUUUGCGGGCAGCGGCAACGAGGAGAACCGCAACAACGCGUACCCACACAAGGCGGCCUUCGCCCAGCCCUCGGGUCUGGCGCCCGCACCCGCCGAGCCCUGGGGCUGCCUGUUCAUCGCCGACAGCGAGAGCAGCACCGUGCGCAGCCUGGCCCUGAAGGACGGAGCCGUCAAGCACAUAGUGGGCGGAGAGAGAGAUCCCAUGAAUCUGUUUGCGUUUGGUGAUGCUGAUGGCAAGGGGGUGGAUGCCAAGCUGCAGCAUCCUCUGGGAGUGGCCUGGGACGCGCGGGGCAGCCAGCUGUACGUCGCCGACUCCUACAACCACAAGAUCAAAGUGGUGGACCCCAAGAGCAAGCAGUGCAGGACGCUGGCUGGCACCGGAGAGGUGGGCGGCGCCGUGGGACCCGGGUUCACCGAGUCCAGCUUCAACGAGCCAGGCGGCCUGUGCCUGGGCCACGGGGGGAAGGUGCUCUACGUAGCUGACACCAACAACCACCAGGUCAAAGUGCUCGACCUGGAGACUCAGACCGUGUCUGUGUUUCCUAUUUUGAUGGAGGACGUUCCGGACGGCGUGACCUUGACCUCGUCCUCCUCCAACACCACCACCACAGACUCUGCUCCUCCUCCCGCCAGGAAGACCCCCAAGCUGCCCAAGUCUGCCCCCGUGGUGGAGGUGCCCCCUGUGGCCGUGGUCCCUGGCCAGACCCUCUCUCUGGAGCUCAGUUUGGCACUGCCGCAGGGCACCCAGCUCACCGAGGAGGCACCCAGCUUCUGGAGCCUGUCUGCUGAAGGCCACGAGUGGCUGCUGAUGGAGUCCCAGGCCGUCACCGGUGACAUCUCCGACCUCUCGGGUCCGAUGGCCAUACACGCCCGCGUUCCAGUUGUCACGGCCGCGACCCCUGACCCCGCCGCGACCCCCACGCUGACCCUGGCGGCCUGGGUGUACUGCUGCCUCAGCCAGGGCGGAGCCUGCAUGAUGAAGGCCGUGGCAUUCCGGGUGCCCUUACAACUCCUCGAGGCCUCGUCUUCUGCCGCCGCCACAGUCUCGGUCUCUCUCUCACACACCUUCCAGAACUAGGUAGUAACCUCCAGGAGCGUUCAUGGUUGCUCUUAUAACUCCGAGAAACCCACGACUGGGUUAAAAAUAGCUUUUUUUUUUACAUCGAUUACACAUGAAUCAAACACAUAAACAAGGGAAAGUAAGUUUAGGGUGCCCUUCCAACUCCUAAAAGCCUCCUCUUCAUCUAACACCACCAUCGUCUCUGUGUCUCUGUCACAUGCCUUCCAGAAGUGAUCAGGGGUGCCCUCGCAACUCCUAUAAGCCUUCAGAAGUAGCUUUUUUACUUACACUACACAUAAGAGAAGGCAAGUGCCCUUCCAAACCCUAGGAAGCCUCAUCUUCAUCCGACACCAGAGUCUCGGUGUGUCUGUUACAUGCCUUCCACAAGUAGGCCUAACUUCCAGAGGCGUUCAGGCCUUCUCCUCCCUUUCCUAGAAGCCCCCAAUGCCCAGUCGGGAACCGUCUCUGUGUCUCUGACUCACGCCUUUCAGAAGUAUUUUUUUCCUUUUAAUUAUACAUAAAACAAAUACACACACAGGGGAAAGUAAGUUCAGAAUGCCUCUGCAAUUCAUCUUCCUCCUCCUCCAACACCAUCUCUGUCACACGCUUUCCAGAAGUGAGCCAUAGAAGAACCGUUCAGGACACCCCCAACGAGAAGGGAACAGUCUCUGUGCACAGCUUUCAGAAGUACACUCUGGAGACUUUUUUUUAACAGAAAUAAUACUGUACACAAAAACACAAAAGAGAAAAUUAAUUUAAUGGUUCUUCUUUAACUUCUGGAUGCCUCUACUUCCUCCAACACCACUGUCAGAAAUUAGAGAAUCA